AAGACCACUGAUCCCUUCCGUCCUCGGCUAUAAACGAGGCAUGAAUAGGAAGAACGGCAGCGAUUUCCUGGUAGUUCUCACCAAGCAGUGUGCCCGCCCGCCGUGGGGUCUUGAGCACCACUAUAAUGGCCUGGGUUCGAGCAAUUCUGGGUACGGCGACAUAAAUCUGCAGCGGAAAUGCAGCGAGACGCUGGAGGACUUCUCUCCCAGGACCAAAGCCAGAAACUCCAGGAGGGUGAUGCACCUGCCAGAAGGGGGCGGCUUCUCCAUGAACAUUGGACCAUACUGUCAUUACGCCCACCGUGAUGGCGUCAGCGCUGUGUUCAGCGGCGAGAUCGGCUCCUGGCCUGGCAUUGACGUGAUGAAAGUCAGCCAUGAUGCAUUCAUGCGCGGAGAUGAGGAGGACAGCAUGCGCGACGACGCUGCAUUCCUGCUGGACUUCUACGACACUUUCAAGGACUUUGUCGCCAGCGACGUCACCGACAUUGCGCUGUCCUCGCUCGCCAAGAUCGAAGGCCGCUUCGCGUUUGUGAUCUAUGACGGGGACCAGAAGCGCGUGCUGGCUGCGCGGGACAGACUGGGGUCGCAGGACAUGCACUGGGGCGUCACGGAUGACGGCCGCUUCAUGUUUGGCAGCGAGGACAUUGAUCUCAAGGACUGCAACCCCACCGCCACACCCUUCCCUGCAGGCACUCUGUAUGCAAGCGAGGGCGAGAGCAUCGCAACAUCUCCUGGCGACAAGGGAUGGGUGAUGGCUGGCGAGCGGUGGCCUGGGCAGCUGCUGUCCUUCAUGCGCACACAGCGCCCUAUGGCAGUCAAUCAUCAGCCCUGGCGUGAUGUCAAGGCGAUUCCGCGGGUGACAAGCAAGGGCAUGCUCUGCGGCGCAGUCUACAGGGUGGCCUCCGAGCAGCAGCUGGCUCCAGAGAUCUUCUGAGAAGUGUGCUGAGUCUAUGCCAUGACGGGCAGUGCCUCCAGCAGCACAGUGAAACAUGUAAUCUAUGUAUGCUUUUGUGAUGCAGUCAGGUGAGAAUACAUUAUGUAUGAUAUUUGCUUGCAUAUUUCUUUUUACAGACAGUACUGGCCAUUAAUGACCAAUUGCCAGAUCCUUAUGACAUCAGGUGUGUCCAUGCCUCUGUCUGAGCAAAGCUGCUGGUUGUCUGUCAUGCAUGCAUGCGCAUGGCGUAUGGCAGAGAGUUGCAGAGUCUGUGCCAGACUCCUCUAUGUGCUGUUCAUGAUCAUCAGUGCAAGAAUAUUGGUGGGGAUGUAUGCCACAGGAAUUCCUCUUUGCAUGAUGUCACUGCGGUUUAAUUUUGCUGGUCAUGUGGCCUUCCCUAGGAUGGAUCAAUUGCCAGUUGCACAGUGUGCUCUAGAGCUAGCUGAGCGCUCAUGAAACCUUGUAGCUGAUCUGCUACGUGUGCU